AUGUUGGGUUCCGGCAGAUACAUGUAUUUCCCUGAUGAGCUGAGGGCUGGUUCUCUGAGUCCUACUGACAGGAAGGAUAAGAAGAACCACACAAACAAGCUUCGAGAGCUGGCCUUGCUGAUCCCUGUGACUAUGAAGACCAGAAACAAGAAGCACACCAAGAAGGAGAUCCUGCUGCGUGUCCUGCACUACAUCCAGUACCUCCAGAGAAGCAUUGAUGUGGCCAAGGCUUUGCUCAAGCUCCACGGCAGCAAUAACAAAGGACUGAGUCGGAACCCAUCUACUGGACCAACCCGGCGGAGACACUCCACCCCCUCCAGCUCUCCGAAGUCAUGCCUUUGGGGCACCUGCUCGAGGCCCCGAAAGAAGUUCACCCGAGUGUCAGAGCGCCCAACCUGGCCUCAGAAGCCUCGCCGCUCUCUGGCUCUGGACCAACCUGAAAAUCUGGUCACUGCACAUCCAGGUCAGAAGGAAGAAAACGGGGAAGGUGCCACCUACCCAAGAGAUCUCAGCCCUGGCACCCACCCCACAACUGCACCGGCCCUGUCAGAAGGUGAUGGAGGAGGGUCCCAGCUGGUGUUCCUGGACAUGGCUCAGAACAUUGUUGCCUAUGACAUCACAAGUGACCAUGGUGCAGGGGCCCAGCAUGGUGAGCCUGACAUUGACGUGAAGGCUCAGAGCAGGGUUCAGAGGCCCUAUCUCCUUACCAGGACACAGCCCUGUCUCAGGCAGAAGCUAUUCUUGUGCACUCCCAGUGAGAGAGACAAAGAAGCUUCAGACAUUGACCCCUGGCUUCCUGCGUGGACCUCAGAGGACAGCCCCAAUGGGAGCCCACUGGCCUCGGGGUCUUCCCAGACCAACACCUGGCAUGUGACGAACUACCUGAGUGAGAUCUUAGGACUCAGCUCUUCUCUCUUCAGCUCCCCAAGCAAAACCCUGCCGGGCCACAUCCUGGAGGACGGUGACUACUUUUUGACUGAAGGUCUCCUGGAGGCUUCGCCUGCUGACUGUGAACUGGAGGGCUCCCAAGAGAAGGACACACCCUCUGAGGGUCCCCUGGGCCCAUCUAACUUCCAGUCCUCAGUCUCACUGGAUCACUGCUACCUGCCACUGAGUGAGAACAUCGAGGUGCUGUCCAGCAGCAGCUCCAGCUCUGAGUCCACAGACACGGACUCCUUGUGGGGACAGGAGACCCCCAGUGAUGAGGACAGAGACUACACAUGGACUCCUACCCGGGAGUCUUCUGGGCUGCUGGCAGCUGGCAAGAAGGCCAAGAAGGUCCAGGCGAGCCAGGGCCCUGUGAAGCCCAAGGACAACAGAAAAGCCUGCCCUGGCCAGGUGAAGAAAAAGUGUGUCAAUGGCUUCAUCAUGUUCUGCAGGAUGAACCGGAAGCAGUACAUCCGAGCCUGUCCUGGGACUGCAUCCACAGCUGCCACCAAGGAGCUGGCUCAACUGUGGCGUGGGAUGACUCUGGAGGAGAGGAGGCCAUACUGCACUAAGGCACGCAGGUUCAGCCGCCAGCACAACCGCAUUGUCAAGCGGGAGAGCUCCAGCAGUGAGGACGACGAUGGGCAGACCCCUAAGCCCUUCUACCAGCUGCUGGCUGAGAGGGCCCAAGUGUCUUUGGGCCUGGCUUCACUGCCCUUGCCCCACUGCCAGUGAGAGGGG